AUGCUCGAUUUUUAUCGUCGACAGAACCCUCCCGUCUUUCAAGGGAAGCUUGGCGCAGACCCAGCGAAGGGGAAUUUUGGAUCGAGCAAACAGAGAAGCUACUGGACCACCUACACUAAAGAAGAAGAGAAGGUCAAUUGUGCCACAUUCAUGCUACAAGAUAAAGCAAAUAGGUGGUGGAAGGGAGUCAAGAGGGCAAUGACCCCUCGGGCCAGGGCGCCCUACAUCACUUGGGAGCGAUUCAAGGAACUCUUCAAUGAGAAGUACUUUCCCUUGAAUUUAAGAAUGAAGAAAGAGAGAGAAUUCAUGGAGCUAAAGCAAAUCGGGGACAUGUCUGUCGCCCGAUACGAGGACGCUUUCAGCCGAUUAAUCAGGUACAUGCCUAUUUACGAAGAGGACGAAAGAAUCAAAGCCCAGAAGUUUUUGGGAGGGCUGAAUCUAAAGUUUCAAAGGGCGUUGAGUAGUAUAAAUACUCAGUCCUAUUUAGAAAUGGUGUUGCAAGCCUUUACCACUGAGGCUAACCUAAGCCGGAUCGAAGCUAUUCAAGGAGAAAGUCAGCAAGGGAGCAGUCAUAAAGCAAGCAAGAAGCUGGAACUCCAAAGGCCGAAGUUCAAGCCUAGCACUCCGUGCCAAAGAUGCCAGAAGCAACACCAUGGGAAGCCAUGCCGAUUUGGAACAAAAGGUUUUUACAACUGUAGAGAAAUGGGACAUCUCAACCAGAACUGCCCAAAGAGAGGGAUCACUUGUUUCAACUGCCAGCAGACUGGUCAUUUUGCAAAGGACUGUCCCAAACCACGGCUGAUGAGUCAACCUCAAGGGACAACCGGGAAUGCUAGAGUACAGCACGGAAGAGUGUUUCAUCUGACACGACAAGACACGGAAGAAGACCCAGCCAUAAUUAGAGGAAUGGACUUCCUAACCAAGUACAACACGACAUUGGACUGUAAAGCUAAAACAGUUUGUCUCAGGAGCAGAGACUUGAAUGUCAAGUUUCAAGGGCAAAAGAGGGCAAGUGAUCGGAAACGGAUCUCGGCUCUAAAGGCUGAGAAACUAUUAUGUCAAGGAGCACGAGGAUACUUAUCUUGUGUCCAAGAGAAAGGCAAGGAGCCGUUAAAGAUCGAGGAGGUGCGAAUCAUUAGAGAGUUCGGAGAUGUGUUUCUCAACGAAUUGCCUGGUUUGCCACCCCAGCGAGAGAUCGAGUUUGCCAUAGAAAUCGUGCCAGGGGCAGGUCCGGUUUCAAUACCCUUUUAUAAAAUGGCCCCCGCAGAAUUAAGAGAACUAAAGACCCAAUUACAAGAGUUACUGGAUAAGGGAUUCAUCAAGUCAAGUAUGUCACCAUGGGGAGCACCAGUACUCUUUGUUAAGAAAAAUGAUGGGAGCCUAAGAAUGUGUAUCGACUAUCGACAGUUAAACAAAAUAACAGUCAAGAAUAAGUAUCCACUCCCUAGAAUUGAGGAGUUAUUUGACCAGUUACAAGGAGCCAAGGUCUUCUCAAAAAUCGACUUGAGAUUAGGGUACUACCAACUAAGGAUCAAGGCAGAAGAUGUACCCAAGACAGCUUUUCGUUCUCGAUACGGGCACUACGAAUUUCUGGUAAUGUCGUUCGGACUGACCAACGCCCCAACAGCUUUUAUGGAUACUAUGAAUCGAGUCUUCAGGCCAUUCUUGAACAAGUUUGUGAUCAUGUUUAUAGACGACAUACUGAUAUACUCUCCCUCAGAGGAAGAGCACGAGACGCACUUGAGAGUGGCAUUUUUAGGGCAUGUUAUAUCGGCCAAAGGAAUAUCGGUCGACCCGACCAAGAUAGUAGCUAUGACGAAUUGGAAGCAACCUUGGUCGGUUACUGAAAUCAAGAACUUAUUGGGAUUAGCCGGCUACUAUAGGAAGUUCGUGGAAGGGUUUUCCAAGAUUGCAACGCCCCUCACCAAGUUAACUCGGAAGGGGGUGAAGUUCGACUGGAAUAAGCGGUGCAAAGAAAGUUUUCAGACAUUUAAGGAUAAACUGACAACCGCUCCAGUACUAGCUAUGCCAAAUGGAUCAAGAAGAUUCAUGGUUUACACUGACGCCUCGAGAAAUGAUUUAGGGUGUGUACUGAUGCAGCACGGUAGGGUCAUUGCCUAUGGAUCUCGACAGCUCAAGAACCACGAACGGAACUACCCGACUCACGAUUUGGAGUUGGUUGCAGUGGUGUUUGCCCUAAAGAUUUGGAGGCAUUAUUUGUAUGGCGAGAAGUUCAAAAUUUUUACAGAUCACAAGAGUCUACAAUACGUUUUCUCGCAAAAAGAAUUAAACAUGAGGCAACGGAGAUGGAUGGAGUUGUUAGAAGAUUACAACUGCACUAUUCAAUACCAUCCCGGUAGAGCUAAUGUUGUAGCAGAUGCCCUAAGUAGGAAAGAAACCACCUGUAUGGCCGGAAUGAUGGUGGCAGAGUGGAAGCUAGUUGAAGCUUUUAGCCUGAUGACGGUAGGAGUAAUUUCCCGAGGAAACUCUGCCUACGCAGCUAGUCUCAUGCUGCAACCGAAAUUAAUGGAUCAGAUACGACAAGCCUACUCAGAAGACUGUCGAAUAAAAAUGUGGGUUGACGAACUUGGGCAAGCAAAGAAACCAGAAUUUGAGGUAAGAGAAAACAUCAUUCGUUUUCAAGGUAGAAUAUAUGUACCUCGUGUGAGGGAGUUACGGAAUGAAGAAAAGCGUGGCAAGAUACGUAAGUCAAUGCGACACGUGUCAGAGAAUCAAGAUCGAGCAUCAGAAGCCAGGUGGAAGCUUGCAACCGUUAGAAAUCCCGGAGUGGAAAUGGGAACACAUUACGAUGGAUUUCGUAACUGGAUUGCCAAGAAAUCCUAA